UACUAUCAAAACUGAAACUAAAUUAGAUUGAACAACACCUUAAAUACUUCUUCCAGCAACAUUCUCCUUUACUCAAACAAAUGUUUUUGACCCCUUUCAUAGACCUGCAUCAGAUUUUAACAUUAAAAAUUAGAUGGUUUGAACUUACAGUUCUAAAAAUGCUGUAAGAAAAACUUUAAAAACAUUGUAAAAAUGUUAAUUAUAACUAUUCUUCAUUUAUUUUAAUAUUUUAAAGAGAAUUUCUAAUAGCAUAUUAUUUGAACAGCUGGAUAGCUAAGGUAUCAGCCUACUGCUUUGCCACAUCUGGGUCAGAUCCAAGCCAAGAAACCUCAGGAAUUUUUCAUGGCCAGUCUGUCUAGGAUAUAUCUGGCCCUGUCUGCUACCACCCAGCUGUCUGCAUUAGGAUCUGGCUAAAUCCAUGCUGGGUAUGGGAAAAAAGGUCCAUUUCAUAACCAUAGGAGGGAAUGAGUUAAAAAUGAAAAAUAGAAUGUAUUUGUGUGUUUCUUGCAUUUUUCAAUCAUUGAGGACUAAGUCAUUUUAUGGAAUCACAAAUAAAUUAUAUACAAGUUCACUUGUGACGAAAUGUAAAAUAUCUAGAUAUAUAUAUUGCAAAACAGAUCUUCCUGUUGUGACUUGGAAAAAUAGUAUCAGAAAGUUUAACACUUCAAAACAGUACCUUGUAUCUUAUACCGAUAAUCAAAAAUUUAAAAAUAGAACUACAAGACUAUAUAUAACUGGAUUUGUUUUACUCUUUGGAGGUUUAAGUUAUGCAGCAGUUCCACUAUACAGAAUUUAUUGUCAGGCUACAGGUAAAGGUGGACAAGCAGUAAUUGCUGAUGAUGAUAAGAUAGCAAACAUGCCUAGAAUUAUUGAUCGUACUAUUACAGUUCAUUUCAAUGCAGAUACAAUUUCUAGUCUUCAGUGGAAUUUUAAGCCUCAACAAAAUGAAAUUAAGUUAGUACCUGGAGAAACUGCUUUGGCAUUUUAUACAGCGAGAAAUCCAACAAAUGCUCCUGUAACUGGUAUUGCAACUUAUAAUGUACUUCCAUUUGAAGCUGGUCAAUAUUUCAAUAAAAUACAGUGUUUUUGUUUUGAAGAACAAAGAUUGAAUCCAGAUGAAGAGGUGGACAUGCCUGUCUUCUUUUACAUUGAUCCAGGAUUUUCUGAAGAUCCUAGUCUAGAAGAUGUAGACGAAUUAACUCUAUCAUAUACGUUUUUUGAAGCAAAACCAGGUUUAAAUUUACCAGUACCUACCUUCAAAUAAAUUAAAAUUUUAAAAAGGCCUAAUGGUUUCUGAUCAAUCAACUUUGAUAUACUGCAUGUUGAAUAAUAUCACAGCUAUGGCCUGAGCAGUUAAGACAGCAGCCUACUGAUCUGAGACCCGGGAUUGAAUCUGGACUGGUCAAAAAGCCCCAGAAAUUUUUAAGAGUGAUCCAUCUGCAUAUGUUGGGCCCCAUCCCUAAUCAUCCAACUGUCUCUUAUUGUGGAGGACAUGGGGAGUGACAGUUUGUCCACAUCCGCGAUGGGGUUGCCAUCAUCCUCCGGAAGUCGGAAUGGGGAGGAAUCGGAGGAGAGAACUGCUGAAGUCGAGGGACCGUGGUGUCUGUGCUUUUGUUACUGUGGUUCCCUUGACCUAGGUGGUGAUCCUCUUCGAUUUUCCCCAACUCGUCCU